ACUAGAAGGAAGGAGACUGCUUGACGCCAUGUAUCUCAUGGACUACGAGCUCAAUCCGCAAAGCAUCAUCGAGCUCCACCGGCAACCUCAUAUUCAUCCGGAUCUUCUUCCCCCUACCCCGCAAAGCCCCGGAUUCCCCGUGUUUCCGCCUACAAGAAAGCAGAGCUUGGAUGAUUCCCAUACGCGCCUUCGUAUCUGGAAGGAUAAGAACGACCCAAGGAUAAACGACAUGGCGGCUGCAACCACUGUCACGGUCUACCCUGUCCACCCGGCCUUGUUUGAAGCCUUGACGGGCGUUAAGGUCAAGGGACGAGCGUCUGUAAUUCCCGACAGGUCGAGUGGAGAGCGGAGGUUGAGUGAGGCGAGUACCGAGAACGAGACUUGUAGUCGCUGUAAGCAUCGAAGGUCUGAGUACAGGCUUCGUCCUUGUCAACAUUCAUGCUGUCACGAAUGCCUCGCAGAUGUGUUGACUGUCAGUCCGCCAGAGAAGAACUGCUGGACAUGUCAGGCGGUUGCCGAGGGUAUUCAUUGAUGCACUCUGCUCGUAUUUUUAUUAUUAUCAUAAUACACAGUUCGUAUCGCUCACCGCUGGCUUCAAUGAAACAACUACAUCUGAUCCC